AUGUUUUGUCCCUGGAUCAUUUUUGGUGCCAUCCACUGGGUGAAUGCUCUUCCCAGUGCGGCUCCUUGCUCCAACUCUCUUCCCAAACCAAAUGUCCCAGGAGCUAUCGUUACCUCUCUCACUGCAUUGGUAGUCGAUAAUUAUGCUAUCAAUAUUACCGGCGAAUCAAACAAUUGGCCUGGUCAGAACAUUACGGGACUCAGCUUCUGUCAGGUCAAUGUUAGCCUGACUCAUCCGGGGACCGGGGAUCAUGUCAACAACCAGGUAUGGCUUCCUCUGACCGGAUGGAAUGGUAUCUUUCUCGGCGUGGGAGGUGGUGGAUAUGUUGCUGGAUCCUGGUCGUCGUUGGCACCGGCUGUUGAGCGUGGGUAUGCCGCCGUAUCUACCGACGCAGGACACGCUCAGAACAACUCUGGAGACGCCACAUCCUGGGCACUGAUCAGUCAAGGUGAUGUUAACCAGAAUCUCCUCCUUGACUUUGCGUCCAGAUCAGUCCAUGAUAUGACGGUGCUGGGAAAGGCAGUCACCGCCAGUUUCUAUGGAUCUGCGCCCAAGUAUGCGUACUGGCAAGGCUGUUCCACCGGCGGCCGACAAGGUCUUAUGGAAGCACAGAUGUACCCAGAUGAUUAUGACGGCAUCGUCGCGUCCGCUCCUGCAAUUAACUGGAAUGACUUCACACCAGCUCAGCAAUGGCCCUACACCGUGAUGAACAAUGAGCACUAUUCUCCUCCUCAAUGUGAGUUUGACGCUGUUAACGCCGCUGCGGUGGCAGCGUGUGACCAUCUGGACGGUCUACAAGAUGGUAUUAUUGGUGCGCCUGGACUUUGCAAAUUUGAUCCAUCCGAGCUUGUUGGUAAGAACUAUACCUGCCAUACGGAUGGUUCAACUCGACGCUUUUCGAGCCAGACUGCGACUGUUGUGAAGAAGAUUUGGCAAGGGCCCACCGCUGCCAAUGGCACGGCCUUCUGGUAUGGAAUUCUUCCUGGCACCAAUUUCAGCUCGUUAGCGCCGACCGAGACGUUCACGAAUGGAAGCACGGUCGCCGAACCAUUUGGUAUUUCUGACAGUUGGUUCCGCGAUUUCUUGUUCAAAGACGCCAACUACAACACCUCCAACAUUACUUACGCCGAGUUUCCAAGCUUGAUCCAUCAAUCUCAUGUGGAAUAUGAUUCCGUCAUGGGGACCAUGGAUGCAAACUUGUCCGCCUUCAAAGCUUCCGGUGCAAAGAUGAUCACUUGGCAAGGUCUGGCUGACAACCUGAUUAUGCCGAAUGGGACGAUAGAAUAUUUUGAAAGAGUCAAAGCCUUGGAUUCUAAUGUCACAGAUUUCUAUCGUGUAUUCUUUGCUCCCGGCGUGGGACAUUGUGGCGGCGGAGGAACUGGCCCGAUUCCAGACGACACUCUCAUGGCUUUGAGGAAGUGGGUGGAGAAUGGAACGGCUCCGGAAGUGCUGCCUGGAUCGAGCGGGUUCAGGGUCAAUGGCACCGUUCGACAUCAGAACUUGUGUCUCUAUCCCCUUGUAUCAAAGUACAAUGGAAAGGGGGAUCCAGCGAAUGCUUCCAGUUUUACGUGCACGAAGAAUUUCUGA